AUUAUUGACGCCAAGCGACAUAAGUUGUUAUUUGCCAUUUAUUUUUUACAAGAAUUCCUUCAAAGCUAUCGUAACUGUUAAGCCUUCAUUAAAAAAAUCUCGUUAGAAUUUUUGCUUUUCUGUCGAGAAGAGUUUUGUGAACACAGAACCAUUUCCAAACUCAUUAUGAGAUCCAGAUGCCUUAUAAGAAGUUGAGAAUCUAGUUUUAUGGGAAUUAAAUACAAUGUCUCAGAUAAUAAAUCUUAUUCAUAAAGGCGAUAAUGAAGAAAUACAAAAGUUUUUGAAAGUUUUUGACAAAGAUCCAAGUGGUUAUCUCCAAUCCAUGAAUGAACAUGAUCAAAUGCAAAAGUCUGCCAUUGAAUUAUUUACAAUAUUAGACUGUCGAAAUAUUAUUGAAAAGGCUAUAAGUAAUGGUUAUAAUGAAUUACAUAUAAAUGGGAUAGAUGGAUGCAAUCUAGCACAUUAUGCAGCUAUGUGGAAUCGAGCAGAUUUAUUAAAAUAUUUAUAUUUUGCUGGUGUAGACAUGUAUAGUAAAAAUGUUUACGGUGAAACAGCGCAUAAAUUAGCCGUUAAAUAUGAACAAAAAGAAGCAAUGCAUAUGUUAGAGUGGAUAGAAUGCCGUGAUCAGUUUCUUACACUUAUUCGAAUGGUUAGAGAAAUUUUAGCUACUGCUGAUAAAAAUGACUAUACAAGAGAAGAAAGAAAAAUUGCAGAUGCUGCUUGUCUUGAUGGCGAAUCAUGGAUAAAUAAAAAUAAAGAAGCUACUCUUAGCAUGUUGAAAACGAAAAAAGAACAAAUUGAAUUAAUUGUAGAACCAUUUUUUAGAAGAAGAACACCAGUGUUUUAAUUUUGACUACUUUAUAAUUGAUUUAGUUUUGGCUUUGUUUUGAUGACUUCUUCCCUGUACUAUGAUUAUGAAUAGUACCAGUGGGUGUCUAAGAAGAAAU